CCCGUGCAUACUCAAUGUUUUCCCAAGAAAUGCACGGGAAAAAUCCGUUCAUUUAUUUUCCUUUUCAGUUAAUUUUUAAUUUCUAACUUUUUUAAAUUAGGAAGAGGCUAAUGUUGGAUGUAAGAGGUCUCCAAAUUUUGAUUUUGGGCCUACUUGGCUGUACAACCGCCCAAAACAAUGGAAUUUUCUACACAGGAUUCCUGGCUGACUCCUUGAGACAGAAUAAUCCGUCAAGAUUAUCUACGGCCCGCCUACUUCAGACCCUUCCCACCACAACGGAGUACUCUCGAUUGGAAGAUCAGUAUUACCAAGAGAAGCCAACACUCCAUGCUGACCCCAUAAUUAGACUCCACCAGAACGAAAACCAAGAGAGUAUCCUCCCUCGUAGGCAGCAACUUUUCCAGAACAACAAUCAACAAGUACCUGACCUGGAUAUUUCCAUUAAAGGAGAUUCCUCCACCCCAGUUCAAGCCCCUGCUUCCAUUAGGAUUGAGAGUGCUCCUAUUAUCUCACACAUAUCCCCUGAGGAGAGGUUAAGAAAUGAGAAGGAACGCCUGGAGCAGAACAGAAGUGCUAAGUAUGCAUUUAAUUCUGUUGUGAGCGAUACUAUUUUUGAUAAUUCUCAUGUCCGCGAAGAAGUGAGAGAUGGUCUGAAGCUAGCUGGACUUUAUUCCUAUAGUGAUGGAUUCUACAAGAGGACCGUGCACUAUGUAGCUGAUGAGAAUGGAUACAGAGUCAUCAAGGAAGAUGUGGAGCCCAUUGGCGCUGGGGAGGGUCCGCUUCUAAAUCCGAAUGGAGAAAUUGAUGUUGCCUCCAACUACGAUGGAGCUGCACACACCUACCAUGCAACAGCUAAAGAUAUUCCUAGCCUCUUUAGAAAGCAAGACUCAUCACUAACACCAUCAAAGUCGCUUACAUCUCCAGCUCUGAACAUUAGGCAAUAAGCUUUACUGUCGUUCACACGAGAAAAUUGUGAUAUUUAUAUUCAUUUCAUCUUGACUAUAUUUAUACUUUUGAUAAAUUAUUUUAAUAAACUAAAUAUAAAAGUCAAUGCCAAAUAAGUUUACACACUUUUAGAGUGCAAUUGAAGAUCCGCCAUCUUGAGUCUUGCCCUUACUUUCAUUGCUUAACUGAAGGGAUGUAAUCUCCUGACAAUGUCUAAAAGUGCCUUAACAUGUUUGGCAAGGACACUAACAUGACAAAAAUUCUCAUAAGCUGUAAUUCUAGACGAAAGGAAGUACCCAGGAAAAAGGAAGGACCUGAACAAAAACUAAUUUUGUUACUGGAAAAUCCAGUCUAUUUCUUUCAUGGGAACCUUCAAAGAAGCGUUAGCUGCAUUGAAACUUUUUACCUUUACAUUUUAAAUUAUUUGGUAUAGCUUAUGUACUGCUUAAUAAAAUUUAAGACUUUUUAAAAAAAA